GGGUUGGUGUUCUACGCACUUGUAGUAUAUCUAUGAGUUUCUUCACAGUUGCAACCCAAAGUGAGAAGACAGAUUCUGUGCGUAGAAGGAAAGUUACAAUAACAUCUGUUGAAGAUCUCAAGGCAACUACAAAGAAUCUCCCUCCUCCGCAGAAUUUCUCUCCUUCACUUUGGUCAUCUGCAGAAUCUCCCUCCUCCGCAGAAUUUCUCUCCUUCAGGCGAUUUUCCUUUUCAAUUUCCAGUCCCUAUAGAUUCAAUGGAAAUUGGAUCUUCAUCAAGCCAACGAGUCACUGAGGCGGCGUGAAAAAAUAAACUUCAGACGUCGGCUUAGAUAUCGUGAAUUACGUGGUCGAGCAAAAAACAUCGCUUCCGCGACAACUCAAUUCAACACUGCCCUACUAAUGAAGAUGCAAACCAAUCACGAUGACUCAAUUGAAUUGAACCCAAUCAUUUCUCUCGGAGCAUCUCUUGAAGAAUGAUAAGCAUAUUUAACUCUUCUUACACCUUAUUACUUUUUAAAAGUUCUUUUAUAAACAAAUAAAAUCCAUGCAGGAAAUGUUCAAAUGCUGACACAAUAAAGCAUGCCUUAGAAACAAAACAAUUUCAAGAUCCUUUGUCUGUUUUCGUAAGUCCAGAAGAAAUUGACAAGACAAGCACAUCAGACAUCAUGGACACACCGAAUCAGCAGCUGCAAUCGGAAAGUACACUUUAGAGAAGGGAUUACUUAUAAAUGCAUGCAGUGUGGGGAUAAAGAGGCAACAACUGCAAACAGAUUUAGGGCUGUAGAUGAAACAAGUGAUGGCAGUGGUACUCUACAGGUCACCCUCUUCACCAAGGAACUUCAAAAAAUAUUAAAGACACUAGAAUGGAAUACACUGCUGGAGGCAAUCAAUUCUCUAAAUCUGAACAAAUCCCUCCAAACACUCACAGCUAUCGCUGCCAUCAAACCAACAUCAAGCACUUACAAAAGACAAACAUCAAACAUCUACUCACUACUGAGCCUCUACAGCCUCUCUCAAAAGCAAACAAGCACUCCAACUUUAAACAGAAAGCUGAAGGUUGAAGAGGACAGCCACAAAAAGAAAACUUAACCCAUGUUUCAAGAACUUAGAAACUUUUUUUGACUUAAAUGUGUAUUCCUACCCCUCUUGUAACAUAUAUGUAUCCCAACAAGGUAGGAAUCCUCCACAUUUCAUAAAUGAAGUGCAUGUGAGCACUUCAAUUUUUGUAAAACAGUUCCUAUGUUAGAAUUUAUACAUUUGCAACAUAUCAUAAAUGAAGUGUAGGUGAUCACUUCAAAUUUUGUAAAACAAUGUCUAAACUUCUCGUAAAGU